AGAGAAAAUGAGCAUUUCCUGUCGCGAGCUUCCGGGAGUUGUCUCGUGGGUCUCUGAGCCCUGAAAGUUGGGAGCUUGUUCGCACCCAGGACGCUGCACCUGGCGGUCCUAAGGCCGUCACCAUGCCACAAAAUGAAUAUAUUGAAUUACACCGUAAACGCUAUGGGUACCGUUUGGAUUACCAUGAGAAAAAGAGAAAAAAGGAAAGUCGGGAGGCUCAUGAACGUUCGAAGAAAGCAAAAAAGAUGAUUGGCCUGAAGGCCAAGCUCUACCAUAAGCAGCGUCAUGCUGAGAAAAUACAGAUGAAAAAGACUAUCAAGAUGCAUGAGAAGAGAAACACCAAACAAAAGAAUGAUGAAAAGACUCCCAAGGGAGCAGUGCCUGCCUAUCUGCUAGACAGAGAAGGACAGUCCCGAGCUAAAGUACUUUCCAACAUGAUUAAACAAAAACGAAAAGAGAAGGCGGGAAAAUGGGAAGUCCCUCUGCCUAAAGUUCGUGCCCAGGGAGAAACAGAAGUAUUAAAAGUUAUUCGGACAGGGAAAAGAAAAAAGAAGGCAUGGAAGAGGAUGGUUACCAAAGUCUGCUUUGUUGGAGAUGGCUUUACAAGAAAACCACCUAAAUAUGAAAGAUUCAUUAGACCAAUGGGCUUACGUUUUAAGAAGGCCCAUGUAACACAUCCAGAACUGAAAGCCACCUUCUGUCUGCCAAUACUUGGUGUAAAAAAGAAUCCAUCAUCCCCAUUAUACACAACUUUGGGUGUAAUUACUAAAGGUACUGUCAUUGAAGUGAAUGUGAGUGAGCUGGGCCUUGUAACGCAAGGAGGCAAGGUUAUUUGGGGGAAAUAUGCCCAGGUUACCAACAAUCCUGAAAAUGAUGGAUGCAUAAAUGCAGUCUUACUUGUUUGAUAACAGUAACUUCUAAUCAUUAUUGAAGACUACAAACUAAGUGGGAAAACUGUCUUUACUACGAUUUUUCUGAAUACUGCCAAACAGCCUUCAUGUCUGCAGUCAGCAAGAGAAUUAUUUUAAGGUGUAAAAAACAUUAAAAAGAUACACUUUUACUGACUGUUCUUUAUUGGAGUCUGCUUAAGGUUUACAAGUUAAUAAAAUGUGAACAAUUAAAGCAAAAA